CCCGAUUCGUUAAUCGGCUUAAAGGAAACCCUGGACAGCGUGAUUGAUCGGGCUUCCGAGGCCCGACAUCUGGUUACCAGUAUGUACGCUGGAUUCCUCGCGGCCGGAAAUACUGAAGUUUCGGCCGAAAACACCAUAGACAUGUCUGUCGAGGGCCAAUUGGAGAGGCGGACAACGGUCGCCCUGGCAAACGUGAGCCCGGAGGCCUCAGAACGCUGCUCACCUGUCCCUUCUUCCCCGACCGACCGGCCUAGAGCCUCUGAG